GACGGGUUCCGGGUUGGAGGUGAAACCAUGAAGAGAAAGUAGAACAGAUAAUAAUGCUUUACCGCAAUCGCUUCUUGGUGCUGCUGGCCCUGGCUGGGCUGCUGGCCUUCCUGAGCCUCAGCCUGCAGUUCUUCCACCUGAUCCCAGUGUCCACAACAAAAAAUGGAGGAAGCAGCAAGAGUCGGAAGAGGAUCAUGCCCGACCCAGUGACAGAGCCCCCGACGGUAGACCCGGUUUAUGAAGCUCUUCUGUACUGCAACAUUCCGAGUGUAGCCGAGCACAGCAUGGAAGGUCACGCCCCACAUCAUUAUAAGCUGGUCUCGGUUCAUGUGUUCAUUCGCCACGGGGACAGGUACCCACUGUAUGCCAUUCCCAAAACAAAGCGACCAGAAAUCGACUGCACUCUAGUGGCUGGCAGGAAGCCUUAUCACCCUAAGCUGGAAGCUUUCGUUAGUCACAUGUCAAAAGGAUCCGGAGCCUCUUUUGAAAGCCCCUUAAAUUCCCUGCCUCUUUACCCUAACCAUCUUCUGUGCGAGAUGGGAGAGCUCACACAGACAGGAGUUGUGCAGCAUCUGCAGAAUGGCCAGCUGCUGAGGGACAUCUAUCUGAGGAAACACAAACUCCUGCCAAACAACUGGUCCUCAGAGCAGCUUUACCUAGAGACCACUGGGAAGAGCCGCACCCUUCAGAGUGGGCUGGCCUUGCUCUACGGCUUCCUCCCGGAUUUUGACUGGAAGAAGAUUUAUUUCAAGCACCAGCCAAGUGCCCUGUUCUGUUCUGGAAGCUGCUACUGCCCACUGAGAAACCACUAUCUGGAGAAGGAGCAGCGCCGGCAAUACCUCCUCCGCCUGAAGAACAAUGACCUAGAGAGGACCUAUGGGGAGAUGGCCAAGAUUGUGGACAUCCCCACCAAGCAGCUCCGGGCAGCCAACCCCAUUGACUCCAUGCUCUGCCACUUUUGCCACAAUGUCAGCUUCCCCUGCAGCAGAAGUGGCUGCCUUGGCAUGGAGCACUUCAAGGUGAUCAAGACACACCAGAUAGAAGAUGAGCGUGAGAGGCAUGAGAAGCCCCUGUACUUUGGGUAUUCGCUACUCGGGGCCCACCCCAUCCUGAAUCAGACAGUCAACCGGAUGCAGCGUGCUGCCGCAGGCUGGACAGAAGAGCUGUUCACCCUCUACUCUGCUCACGACGUCACUCUGUCACCAGUUCUCAGUGCCUUGGGUCUUUUGGAAGCCAGGUUCCCAAGGUUCGCUGCCAGGCUGGUCUUUGAGCUCUGGCAAGACCGUCAAAAGCCCAGUGAACAUUCCGUCCGGAUUCUUUAUAACGGGGUUGACGUCACCUUCCAUACCUCUUUCUGCCAUGAUUUCCACAAGCGUUCCCCCAAGCCCAUGUGUCCUCUUGAGAACUUGGUCCGCUUUGUCAAAAGGGAUAUGUUUGUAGCCCUGGAUGGCAGUAGUACUAAUUAUUAUGAUGCGUGUCAUGGGGAAGGGGCCUAAACUGUGUUCAGCACAGCACUGUUUUCUUGCUGGUUCUGUCUGUUGCUAAAUCAUGGUAUGGAGUUCUAAUGGAUGCAGAUUAGGGCAGGUGAUCAUGCCCAAGGUUUCGGACACACAGGAAGCACAUAACAGUAUGUCACUUGGUACAAAAUAGCUGGUUCACAGAGGGAGGGAAAAGGUACAUUAUCAUAGCUAUAUGCAGUUUAGAAUGCUAGCAUCAGAUUCAGUACUCAAAGUUGCCAGUCCGAGUUUAUAUGUAUUUUUGACCUGCCAUGGAACCAGCAAAGCUCUGCCAAAAUCUUCUUAAUCUCCGACCCUUAACCUUACUGAGUGGAAAUGUUCCCCAAGCGAUGAGUUCAAAGUGGAGUUGGCUGCCUUUUUGUGAAGAGUCCAGAAGGUCAGAAUCUUAGGCUCUGCAGACCUAAAGGUCACACCUAAAGGUCUGUGUCACAUCUUCUCAGCUGUGCUCUGGUGACAUGGCGAUACAUAAAUGGACAUGUGUGACUGUGUUCCACAGGCCAAACAAAAGUGGUGGUAGCCAGCUGUGGCUCACAGGCUGCGUUUGCUGACCCCUGAUCUUUAAAAACAGCCUGCUAUAGUUGCAUUUCCGGCACUUUGAGAGCCAGCUGAAUGUCAGGUUGUUCAGCAGGUCCUUGGGUAGCGUCCGUAGAAACACAGAACUGGGUCUAUAUCUGAUGUGGUAACAAACUCAAGGGGAAAUAAACAUUGGGUCAGAAGGCUCCUAGGAAAUGAUCACAAUACUUGAUGCUCAUGAUGAUUGUGGCACAAAAUAGCUUUAAGUGUGUUUUAGGUAUUUGUCUGCUAUAGUCUAUUGGCUUCAUAGGCUGGAAUUUUUGUAUUCCAUUUAGUAUUUUUAUAGUCUAGGAAAAUAUUUUCUGAGACCAGUUUUAGAUGUGUUCUUAUCCCUGUAGAAAUACUUGAUUUGCUGCACCUGCUUGGUGGUUGGAAGGAGGCCAAAAGCUGAAUUGGGGCACUAUUUUCCCCCUCCAAAAAUAAAUAACUAAUGACUCAUUCCCUUUGACAAGCUGUAGAACUGGGUUCAUUUUUAAACCAUUUUCAUCAGUUUCAAAUGCCAAAUUCCAAUUGAUUUUUAAAGAGGUUUCUAAAAAUUAAACUUUGUUACUGGAUAGUUAAAUAAUGUUUCUAAAGUAUUUUCUAUAUCAGGCGCAAUUACAACUAAGCCCUUGGUUUCUAGGUUAAUGGUGCUAGUUUGUUCUGAAGACCUGGUCCAUGCACAGGGGAUUCUCCAGCAUCCAGCAUUCCAGCCCUUUCUCUUCCUUCUUGUCUGGUGUUGCAUUUGAACACAUUUUGUUUGUAGAAAUAAAAUUUUUGAAGAAUUCUUAACCUGUA